AUUUGAUAAUAAUUUCUGGUGUGAAAAAGAAAGAUGGGUUCCUUUGAGGAAGAACCAUUUGUAUUGGAGAAUGGAAAUAGCAAAGCUUCCAGGAAGGAGAGCCGCCAUGGAAAGGCCUUAAUCACCAUGUCGUCUUCGUUGCGGAAGAAGUCAGACUUGUCGCUUGUUUCGAGGGUCCGAUAUCCGAUGCUUCGGCAUUUCCUCGCCAACCUUCAAGAGGUCGUUUUAGGGACUAAACUCUCGGUUGUGCUCCCCGUUAUUCCACUCGCCUUCAUUGCUCGGUGCUAUGGCUUUGGAAGAUCAUGGGUUUUUGCAUUGAGUUUGCUGGGAGUUUCUGCAUUGGCUGAACGAAUCAGCUUUCUCACCGAGCAAAUUGCUUAUUUCAUCGGUCCAACAGUGGGAGGGUUGGUGAAUGCAACCUGUGGCAAUGCCCCUGAGCUGAUCAUAGCAAUUUUUGCACUAAGACAAAAUAAACUAGAUAUGGUCAAGUAUUCCCUGCUGGCCUCAGUUCUAUCAAACAUGCUUUUGGUUCUGGGGACCUCUCUCUUAUGUGGAGGUAUUGCCAAUCUCAGAAAGGGGCAGAAAUUCAAUCGAAGACAAGCCGAAGUGAAUUGUCUUCUGCUGCUGCUUGCAUUGCUGUGCCAUUCGUUGCCAUUGUUGUUUCGAAUGGGUGGGGGACCGGCUGCUGUCACGGCCGAACCGACACUGCAGCUGUCGAGAGCCAGCAGCGUUGUAAUGUUGAUAGCAUACCUUUCGUACUUGGUCUUCCAACUAUUCACACACCGGCAAUUCUUCGAAGCUGAAGAGGAACAAGAAGAUGAGGAAGUUGGAGAAUCAGAAGAAGCAGCGGUGAUCGGAUUUUGGAGUGCAAUUAUAUGGCUAGUCGGACUCACCGCUCUCGUCUCUCUGUUAUCAGAAUAUAUUGUCGAAACAAUUGAGGAUGCAUCGAAUUCAUGGGGAAUUUCCCUUAGCUUUAACAUCAUGAUUUUGCUACCAGUCGUCGGGAACGCACCGGAACACGCAGGAGCGAUCAUUUUUGCUUUUAAAGACAAACUGGAUAUCUCUUUAGGUGUUGCAUUAGGCUCUGCAACUCAAAUCUCCAUGUUCGUGGUCCCUCUCUGCGUGGUUGCUGCUUGGACUAUGGGGAUCAAUAUGGAUCUUAAUUUCAAUCUCCUCGAAACUGGCUCGCUUGCGCUGUCGAUCGGUGCAGUUGCGUUCGCUUUACAGGAUGGUAACUCACACUACCUGAAAGGACUGAUUCUGAUACUGCUCUACUGUGUCAUUGGAGCUUGCUUUUUUGUAUCCAAUACACCUCUAAACCUAGUGAACCUCACAGACUCUGCAACUAAAGGAGCCAUUGAUGCCAUCUUCAGAGCUUGAGAAAGUAAGUACAUUUUUCCUACAAAUGGGGUUCAAAUAUUGAAGGUAAGGCUGUAAAAGAAUAUAGUUGAGCCUGAGUAUUGUUGAGAUCAACUCGAUUCGAAAAGUUUAAAGUUGAUAUCGACUCAAUUCGAAAGCUCGUGAACUUAAAAUUAUCAAGCUUGAAAGACGGGCUGCAGUUCGUACGCAGCCACACUGUUCUGUUUCUCUUUGUAAUUACGUUACUCUCUCUUGAGAGCUUAUUUACUUGUUAUUUGCCCACACCACUCUUGAGAACUU